AGCGCGCUCCCGCCUGCGCGUCCCCCCUCUGUCGGCACACUGAGCGGGUGUCGGCGUGAACGUCGGUGAGCUGUGAAUGGACAUUAAUGGGGAAUGUAAUAUUCUUCUCUCACUGCCCGCUUUCUUCUGUCAUUGCACUCCCUGCAACGGAACCCGGGUGUUGAUGAGCAGCAGAGGUGAUGUGAUGGCAGACCUGCCUGGUAGGACAGAUCAGAGCCAACUAUCUGAUGCACACUGAACCGACUGGAUGCACACUUUAGAACUUAGACAGAAUGGAUUUCCCCAAUUGCACUGAAGAGGUAUUUGCCACAAACAACAGCAGCUGUGCCUCACUCGAGACCACUAAACUCCCCACCAGUAAAAUCCUGCUUUCCAUAACCCUGUCUGUGCUGGCCGUCGUCACUACAUUCCUCAACUGCCUGGUGAUCACAGCAAUCGCAGUCACUCGCAAGCUGCACCACCCGGCCAACUACCUCAUCUGCUCACUAGCAGUGACCGACCUGCUGGUGGCUGUGCUGGUCAUGCCCUUCAGUAUCAUGUACAUCCAGAAAGAGAGCUGGGGAAUGGGCCCGGUGAUGUGUACCAUCUGGUUAAGUGUGGACAUCACCUGCUGCACAUGCUCCAUCCUGCAUCUCGCUGCAAUCGCCAUUGACCGCUACAGGGCCAUCACAGAUGCGGUGGAGUACUCUCGUAAACGUACAGGGAAGAUGGCCGGUGCAAUGGUGUCAGUGGUGUGGUUCUUAUCUAUCCUCAUCUCACUUCCUCCUCUACUGUGGCGGCACUACACCGAGGAUGGAGACGAUGAAGACCAGUGCAUCAUCGUCCACCAUAACAUGGCCUUCACUCUGUAUUCUACACUUGGAGCAUUCUACAUCCCCCUGCUGCUGAUCCUCAUCCUCUACUAUAAGAUCUACCAGGCUGCUCAGACCCUCUAUAUGCGCCGUGAGGCUAGCAGGGCUAGCCGUCACUCGUGCAUGACCAAUGGGAGCAUGAUCCCUUCAACCUACCCAGCUGGUGACGGCGAUGUCGAUGGAGGGCCUCGAAGUCCUGAGCCCGUAAGCCCUCCAGAGAAAUCUUACUCUGAACCCUCAAAUGAGGAACCUCCGCGCGAACGUGUGCGCGCCUCGGUAAAGCCUAUCCAUGGCAAGUCACGUCGGCGUGAAACACGUAACGAGUCACGCCGAAGCCAGUUCCAACAGGGACCCCGAAUCUCAAAUGCACGGGAGCGCAGAGCAGCAUCCACGUUGGGGUUGAUUAUCGGGGCCUUUGUCAUCUGUUGGCUGCCAUUUUUUGUCAAGGAGGUGAUCGUCAACACUUGCAAUUCUUGUAGUACCUCAGUGGAAAUGGCUGACUUUCUGACGUGGCUGGGCUACCUUAACUCUCUUAUCAACCCCCUCAUCUACACCAUCUUUAAUGAAGACUUCAAAAAAGCUUUCCAAAGACUUGUUCGGUGCACUCAUUACCUCUGAUAGUUAGUUAUGCAUGACUAAACUCAUACACCAUGUAACAUACACCUGUAACAGAGUGAACAAAACUAGUGGCUUGAGGUCAGAGAAUACUGACUGAAUACUGACUCAAUGUGCCUGAGAAGGACUAAUUUCAGUGAGGAAAAAGGAGUGACACUCCAUCUGCCACUUCAACAGCCUAAAUGGCACCAGCUCAGCAAUGAGCUUUGCAGCAAAGUUAAACAUUGAAAUCCAAGUCCUGCUAUUAAUAGGACAGCUGGAGAUCUCCUUGAUGUUAAUUGGUGUGUGUGAAGGGACACUGCCAUGUUGGUUUUGAGAAAAUGGGCCAUCACUGACCUUUUUGAGGUCUGAGUUUUGAGCAUUACUGAUCAGCCCCAUUUAAAGGUCUUGAAAUAACGGGCCAUUAUGUCUGUUCCAUCUAAUGACCUUCCUUCUAUGGAGUCCACGCUGCUGGCUAAAGAACAGAACAUGUGUAAAAUACCACAGCAUACCAAGUUAUUACUUUAUGUGGUCAUGAUGUUGCGAAGGGUGACUUUUAUCUGACUGUUGCAAUGAUCAUUAACAGAAGUAGUUGUUGAAGACCAUCUGUAUUCAGCCCUGCAUUACAUUUCAGCAAAUAUUAAAUAUACAUUUGUAAAUGGUUCAAGCUUCUUGUUAGGUAAUGGCAAUGGUACUGGCUUAAUUUAUCUGACAAUCCAAAGGUGGAACGAUAAGGGAUGCAUUUCUAUAGCCAUGCCAUGAUACACAGUACACCAGAAAAAGAUGUUGUAUUUCCCAACUCAUAGUUUUUCAAACGCAGUAAGCCAAAAAUACCAGCAUGUAAUGCUACAUUUGGUUGCAUUUUGCAGUAUUCAAGCCAGCAUAGUUUUCUGCCUUUGUUACUCACAAUCCUCUGGGCAGCCGAAGCUGUGUCACAUGUGUCAGUUUGUCCUGUGUGAUUGUUAACGAGCCUGAGAGAGGGCACGGGCAGAAGACAGUUCAUUUUGCACUACAGACUGCAAUGAAUAAAUGAGCAAAAUGGCCAAAGCUUAAGGAGCAAUAUUGUGAUGAAGUAGUAUGUUGCAGUUGUGUGCAUACAGAAUGCAGUAGUGCAUACCAUGUAAAGGCAUCUGCAGUAUGUGCUGAAAGUAUGAAAAAGUAUUACAAUUCAUAAACUUCAUAGAGCCCGACGUUAACAUACCAUGUUAAAAUGUUUAGGAAUAACAUUUAAGAAUCUAUUCAGUAUGAAGAAAUUAUUCUGUGAUCUUGGGUCACCCCAUUAAUAACACAUUCUGAAAUGUAAAAAAAAGAAAGAAAAGAAAUACAAGGUUACCAAUUCAAAACUGAACUAGUUUCAAUUCUCACUGCAAAAUUUCAACUGUACAAACAGUUCAGGAUUUCUGGGUUACAGGUUAUACAAAACACUUUAUUUAAUAUUUUGCACAGCAUUUUAUGUCAUUUCUUAAGAUAUUUAUUUAUUUAUGCUUAGUGGAGCCAUUUAACACCCCAUCCUGCUCAACUCCCACACUAUGGGCAGGAUUAGGUUAAUGAACGUGAGAGUCAUUGGUGGAGAAAUCCUCAUUACAUUACUCCCACUCAGAAUACUUGGAAUAGAACUACUAUUUCUUUACUGCCUCCAAGAGGGCACAUGGUAAUGUAGAUGGAAAUAUUGUGGAUGAGUCAAGUGUGAGGGUGUACUGUAUGAGAGUGAGAUGAUAUAAGGUGUGUCAUAUACUGUACUUACAAUCGUCUCUGGCAGUAUGAGCAACAUACCGUCUCUUCUUUUGUCUUUCACUGUCUAAAUAAUCAAUAAUAAAUGGUCCACAACUGAAA